UCGUCCUAAUUCAUGUAUUAAUAAUUAAUUCAUCUCUCUCAAUUCCCGUGUGUUGACUAUCGAUUUUAGUUAAUCCUUUUUCUUUUUCUUUUUUUUUUGAAAACGUAAAUACACCUCUUCUCUUUUAAUAGGCCAAUUUGCAAAAAGUAUUAGUAGAGGAUGACUAUCUUCUCGUUUCGAUUUCACUACUAAAGCCAAUCUUCGUUUUUGCAAUUUCUUCUCAUUUUGAGAAUCAAGUCUUGAGAUUUUUUUUUUUUUCUUCUGGGCCUGAAUUCUUUUUCAACAUGGAUGAGGUUGAGAUUCCUGCACAUUUUCUCUGUCCGAUUUCGCUUCAACUAAUGAGAGAUCCGGUGGUAGUGGCCACCGGAAUAACAUACGAUCGAGACAACAUAGAGAAGUGGCUGUUUUAUUGCAAGAACAAAACAUGUCCUGUAACGAAACAGGUUUUGUCUGAUUCGGAUCUCACUCCAAACCACACCCUCCGUCGCUUGAUCCAAUCUUGGUGCACCCUCAACGCCUCCCAUGGAAUUGAAAUAAUCCCUACACCAAAGCUUCCAGUCAACAAAACCCAGAUUGUAAAACUCCUCAUCAAAGACGCAGAAAAGUUCCUUGAUCAUAACAUGCAGCUUAAAUGUUUGAGAAAACUGAAAUCAAUCACCCUUGAAGGCGAAAGAAGCAGCAGCUGCCUUGAAUCUGCGGGCGCAGUAGAGUUCUUGGUUUCGAUCAUUAAGAGCAAUAAUCAUUCCAUCUCACAAGAGCUUAAUGAUUCUUUGUCGGAUGAGUUUAUGAAGGCCAGCGAUGAGGCAUUGAGCAUUCUUAAUCAACUCCAGAUAUCCGAUUGUUGCCUGAGGAAAAUUAUCAACUAUGACUGCGGUUUUGUGGAGGCCUUAGUUGGAGUCUUGAAGCAAGGAAACUACCAAUCUCGAGCAUAUGCGACAAUGCUAUUGAAGAACGCAUUUAAGGUGGCAGAUUCAAUCCAAUUGACCAGCACCACAAGGGAAUUCUUUGCAGAAAUUGUUCGUGUUCUACGUGAUCAGAUCUCGCAGCAAGCCUCCAAGGCGGCAUUGAAGAUCCUUAUACAACUCUGUACUCCUCGGAGCAGGAACAGGAUCAAGGCGGUUGAAGGCGGCGCGGUCAUGGUCCUCAUAGAGCUCAUUCUAGAAGCAUCCGAGAACAGAGCUUGUGAGCUGAAGUUGAUCUUAUUAGAUCAGCUGUGCAGGAGUGCGGAGGGACGGGCGGAGCUGUUGAAGCACGGGGCGGGGCUAGCGGUGGUGUCGAAGAAGAUACUGAGGGUUUCUCGAGUGGCAAGUGACAGUGCGGUGAAGAUUCUCUGUUAUAUAUGCAAGUUCUCUACAACUUGUAGGGUUGUUCAGGAGAUGUUGGAGGUGGGGGUUGUGGCGAAGUUGUGUUUGGUGCUUCAGGUGGAUUGUAGUUACAAGACAAAGGAGAGGGCGAGGAAGAUUCUCCGGCUGCAUUCUAAGGUCUGGAGGAAUUCUUCCUGUAUUCCUUCACAUUUGUUGGCUUCUUAUCCAUCUUCUUAGAUUUUCUGUAGAUAUAUGAGAGGAAAUUUUGGGAUGGGAAAAUUAAUUAAUCAAUCCUCAUUUGCAUGCGUUAAAAGUGGAUCCAAUAUCAAAAUGUGCAUGUAAGGGGCAUGAAAUUGUUGUCCUUGGAGUUCUUGAUUAUGUUCAUUUCAGACGAAUAAAUAUUACACUAAACU